UCAGGAUCAAAUCGGGAAAAUCGGUAGGAAAAUCGUCUGCACAAAUUUUAUUCAACUUUACGACAAAAGCUAGUGGCUUUCCGGUGAAAUUUGUUCACAAUCGGUAGCAACGGCGAUUCUCCACCGGGAAACGUUCGAGUUUGGUGAACUGGACCGUUGCAGGGCGGUCAUUCUCCCGAUUAAAAUAGCACCAGUAUCAUCAUCUUAACCCGUGUCACAAUCACCCAGCACAAGGUGCAGGAAAAAUGCGACCCAAAAAAAGUCAAAGAAGCAGCAGCGAAUCGUAGCCAGUAGUAGAAACAUUAACGAAACCAGGGCCGUUUAAAUGGUGAACCUGCCAAUGCAACGUCGUCGUAUCGUAGCCAACAGCAAUAACUACUACUUUGCCCGGGUACAACAAAUCACAGUGCGAAAGUUUCGUUACCAAUUAGUUGCAGUGGUGUCGCUAGGUGUCCACCUCCUGUAGCUAGACAAGGGCUAGAUCUUUCCCAGGAACCAUGCCGGAACACCUGGAACUUCAGCAGCUGGUCGGCGGGGUGCUACAGGGUGGCGUCGGCCAUCGAUCCUGGAUCGGUUGGCUGCAGUGUUCCUGUCCCUAUCUGGGUAUCAUCCUGGCCACCGUCUCGUCGCUGUUCUUUUCAUUGUGUUCCGUCAUUGUGAAGGGGUUGGUCGAGGUGAAUCCCAUCGAGUUGGCAACGUUUAGAUUCAUCGGGGUGCUGCUUCCAUCGAUUCCGAUCGCCAUCUACAAGGAGGAGAGCUUUUUCCCGCGGGGCAAGCGGAUCAUCCUGGUGCUGCGAUGCUUCGUGGGCACCACCGGUCUGAUGCUCAGCUUCUACGCCUUCCGGCACAUGCCCCUGGCCGACGCUUCGGUAAUCAUUUUCUCGACGCCGGUAUUUGUGGCCAUCUUUGCGCGGCUGUUUUUGCGAGAAUCCUGCGGAAUAUUCAACGUGAUAACGAUUGUGUUGACGUUGAUCGGGGUGGUUCUGAUCACUCGGCCACCGUUUCUGUUUGAGGAAGGGAGUAGUAGCAGUGGGGGUUCGAGUGGGUUAGCUGAGGAGCAGACCAUCGAGUCCAACUAUGACGUGUGGGGCCCGGUGGCCGCCCUUUCGUCCACCCUUUUCGGUGCCAAUGCUUAUGUUUUGCUACGAGCGUUGAAAGGAUUACACUUUUCCGUAAUAAUGACCAACUUCGGUGCGUUUGCACUUGUUUAUACGCUGAUCGUUUGCUACUAUCUGGGGGCCCUAUGCUGGCCCCUUUGCGGAUCGGACCGUAUGCUGGUAAUUGCGCUAGCUUUAUUCAGCUUCGGUGGACAAAUUCUGCUAACUCUGGCGCUCCAGUACGAACAGGCCGGCCCGGUGGCGAUUGCUCGAUCCGCGGACAUCGUGUUCGCCUUCAUCUGGCAGAUCAUGUUCUUCAAGGAAACGCCGAACGUCUACUCGGUUCUCGGAGCCCUGCUAGUAGUAAGCUCCGUUGUCCUGUCCGGGAUGCGCAAGUGGGCCCUCGCCCUGCCCAGGGAUUCGGAUUUGAGAAAAAGAUUGAAAUUUCUUUUCCUAGAGUAAGAGGUAAGGACCCCCUAGCACGCAGCCACUAAAUAAGUGUAGUAUUGUCAUUAUAAAUUUGCCCCGCCCCAUACUAGCCUAUAUAAAAAAAAAACAAGAAAAAAAAGUAAACAUUGUUUAACGGAACAAAGUGUAUUCAUACGGAAUCAAACAAACCCUAUUGCUAUCUACUAUCCACAGAACUUAAAAUGUAAUUUUAAGCUUAGGAUUAUUUUUAUACUUGAAGACAAGAAAAUAGUUAAUACAGCAGUAUUAUCGAUUACAAGAGGUUAGCGGAGGCAAAGUUUAAAUCCAAAGAAGCUGUUAAGUAUGUGCAUGGUUCUCUUACGGAACCUGAAAAAACUAGUCAGGCGUAAAAGUGAUUGAUUAUUGUUGACACGAUUAGGCGAAGAUCGACAUUACUUAUAUAUUGCGAAAGGAAUUUCAGCAUAGUAGAAUUUAUUGCGUCUCUGGGUUCGGGUGAACAGUUUCGAUGUUUUAAAUCUGUGUUUAAUUUUUAGAAUUUUAAGUUUUCAUUCACUAUUUUAUAUUAAAUGUAUCUGAAUCAGAUAAGAAGAUUCAAAACUUGAAACCUUUUGACCUUGCCCAGAACCAUCAUAUUGCUUUACUACCCUCUAGGGAUAACACACAUAAAAAAACAACAAAGAAAUGAAGGCUACCAGAUAAAAAAAACUCAUAUUGAUCUCUUUUUGAAGUAUUUUUUACUCCCUAAAUAUAAUGCCUACACAUAAUUAAAAAGAAGUAAAACUCUCGCCCUAAAAACCCUUAUCACCGUGUUAUCGACCAAAAAACGCAUUGUGAACUUGUUAGGAUUUAAGCCAACGGCAGCGAUUAUGUAAGAUUCUCCUACCCACUUUUUGCCCGUUUUAUCUCUAUCUCUCAGACGAAAGCUUAUUCUCCGGUAUCAAUCAACCAGGUGUCUAUAGUUAUAACGAUGUUGGGCGAAAAAAAACCAUUCAUCAUUAGUUUAAUUUUGUAACGAAUAGUAGAUAUUUGAAUUUCCAUUUCCCGAGUUUUUUUAAUAGCAGCAUAACGACAGACUAUUUCGGUUUUUCUUGUAGAAACGUACUUCGUAGAAAAAAAAACCAGCAAAAUUCAUCCCCUUAGAUAGAAUUUCACAUAAAAAAAAAAGAAAAGAAGUUUAAAAGACAAAACUAAUUUAACUC